AUGCCUUCAAUUCUCAACACGAUGUUUCUUUCCGCAUUCAUCUUUUGUUCCUUCAUUUAUACCAUACCAACGAUGACAAGUGUAAGAGUCAUAAGACGUGAUACGGCAGCAAUAUUACAAAAAAUGCACAACAAUUUGCGGGAGAACUGUUUCCCACGACCAAGUGGUGGAUGUGCAUGUACUGUUAAACAAGGGGACGGUGUAGAAACUGUCGAAAAUUACGAUUCCAGUGAACAGUGCAGGUUGGAUAUUGCAGCACAAACAGUGCAUAAUAAAAAACAGCUGAAUGAGGAGAUCAAAGAUCGAUAUGGUAAUUACAAGCAAGACUGCUUCCCGUUACCAUCUGGGGGUUGUAUGUGCACUGAAAGAGAUGCAGUUGGUAAUGAAGUGAUGAAGAAAUACGAUGAUGGGGUGCAUUGCAAAUUUUCGCAGAAGACUAAAAGAACAGCUAACGAACAGCCACCGCAAAAUGCUCGUGAUCCAGUUCGAGAACGGGCUCAAGCAAAUUAUCGUGCCGUCAUUAAUGAGUUAAAUGAAAAAUUUAAAGGACUCAAAGAAGGAUGCUUUCCGAGACCUAAGGGAUGUUUGUGCGUGAUCGGAAAAGAUCGAGAUGGGCGAGAUAUCACGGAACGACGAAUGAAAGAUCGAGAUUGUAAGUGUCAACCUGGUGAACGUAGCCAUGGAUGUCCAACAGGUGGUGCCUAG